AUGGGAAACUGGACACAAGUGACUGAAUUCAUCCUGGUGAAUUUUCCUGGAAGUCUGAGGCUGCAGCUCUCCCUAUUCACAGCUUUUUUGGUUGCCUACUCACUGACAGUAAUGGAGAAUGUGGUGAUCAUUCUACUAAUCUGGUUGAAUGUCACACUCCAUAAGCCUAUGUACCUUUUUCUGGGCAAUCUUUCUUUCUUAGAGAUCUGCUAUGUCUCAGUGACUGUACCCAAGAUGCUUGUUGGCUUUGUGACCAAGGAGGGAAAGAUCUCUUUCACAGGUUGCAUGGCCCAGCUGUUCUUCUUCCUGGCUCUAGCAUGCACAGAGUGCGUCCUGCUAACUAUGAUGGCCUAUGACCGCUAUGUUGCCAUCUGCAAUCCAUUGCGCUACCCAGCCAUUAUGAGUCAAGACCUUUAUGUCCGCCUAGCAGCUGGUUCAUGGCUGAGUGGCUUUUCCAUAGCCAUGGGGAAGGUCUUCUUCAUCUCACGCCUGAGCUACUGUGGACCCAACAUCAUCAACCACUUCUUCUGCGAUGUCUCCCCACUUCUUAACCUAGCCUGCACAGAUAUGACAUUGGUUGAGCUCAUUGACUUCUUUCUUGCCUUGCUUAUUCUCAUUGGCCCACUCUCUGUGACAAUCAUCUCUUAUAUCUGCAUCAUCUCCACAGUCCUGCAUAUCCCUUCAUCUAAAGGCAAGAAAAAGGCUUUUUCAACCUGUGCCUCCCACCUUCUGGUGGUCACCAUUUUCUACACUGCAACCAUUUUCAUCUAUGCCCGUCCAAGGGCCCUCACCUCCCUUGACUCCAACAAGCUGGUAUCUGUUGUCUACACAGUACUAACACCUCUUCUCAAUCCGGUCAUCUACUGCCUGAGAAAUAAGGAAUUCAAGGAUGCUCUCAAAAAAACAAUGCAUGGGCCUUGGACUAUAUAUAUUUAA